AUGUCCCCCAACGAACAUCGACGAGGCUCUACCUUGAAGGAGAGUAUCGACCAGCAGGUCUAUUUUCUCUUUCACGACACCGACCUCCUCGACAGCUCUUCAUCACCCGAGCCUACACCUGUCCCCGCCUUCAGCCGCGACCCCAAGGACCCCAACUCUUCCUUCCUCCACAUGGAGGACAGCGACGAUGAGGAUGAGGAUGGCUCUGCUGUCCCUCUUGUCUACCUCCCUUCUCCGCCCGCGACCCCUCCCAAGGUCAUACCGACAUUGGAGGCAGAGUGCUUCGUGCUUCAGCCAGUGCCUGAGCACAUGAAGUAUCGCAAGCGCAAGAGGUUGGCUUUGGGUAUGGAGGUUGCUCCCAGGCCUCGGGCGUCUUCUCGUGCCCCCUCAGGCUCCAAGUGUACUGGCCCUUCCUUUUCUGCACGAUACAGUGCUUUGGCAAACGUUGACCUGGGGCCCCCGGCCUGCGCUUUCUGUCGCCUGUGCCCCCUGUACUGCCUCCACCCUUGAGCACCCUCGUUCUCCCUCUUUCGUUGCCCCACCGCCCCCGAGGCCUCGCCAGGCUGCGCUCGAG